UCCAGAUAAUCAAUUCCAUUAUUUUUAACUGUCACUAUACAAAUUAAAAACAUGAAAAAGAAACUAGAACUAAUUGAUCAUAACCUUUCGAGAAAAAAAUGGAACAUGCCAAGUGAAUUUGUUUCCUAUAUAUGGAUUACAACCAAAAAACAAAAGACAAAAAAAAAGUUAAAACUUUAUUGUGAGAUGUUUUUAAUAUAUGUCAGUCAUCCAAUUAAGAUUCAACAUAUACUAUCUUACAAACUUUCGAGAUAACUUAUUUGAAAAUACCCAAUAUAAUGAAACAAAAUUAAAGAUGAGAGAAGUACUAAAAAAAAAGUCAAUAUUUUAAAGAAAUAAAAAAAUUCAACCAUCCCUUUAGAAUUUAAAGGUACAUUUCUUCCCUCUCUCCAUCAUCCUUAGCUUUACCUUGGCUCUUUCAUAACAAACAUUCAUUUCAAAUGGUUUUGCGUGGCGAAGAGCUUGAGUUUAACCUAAGAGAAUGGGCACGAAAAGGCCAUUUAACUCGCGAAGAUCAAAGUUCUAGAAGGUUCUCUGCCUCUUGUAUCCGAAGCUUCCGAGAGGACCACAAGUCGACGUCCUGUACAACAAACUUCACCAUCUCUAGUACUGCCUCUUCUCCCGGUUACUCGCUCAAAGAUGAGAUUGACCCAUCAAAUUAUUCCUUCACUAGUGCACUCAAGGCAUUGCAAGAAAAAACAGUGUACAAGAAGAAUUGGGAUUGGUUGAAACCAGAAGGAGUUGAGCUAAACUCGAAAUGGAACGAAGCAGAGAAGUAUAUUUGCAAUCCUUUGUCUGGUGAAGUUCCUUUGGAGUGUUUGUCUUCUAAAACCCUAAAUUCAAGAUCUUUUAGAAACUUAUCCACCAAGCAUGCUCCACUCAUGAUUUUACCUUCUAAUCCUAAUCCCAACAUUCCAAGAAUCAUCCACGAGGAUCCUAAAACUCCCGAUCCUGUUCUUAUUCAAGCAGAAAAAAAAGUUGUGGGGUCAAAACGAGAUGUCGUUAGUGCACCGGAAAAUGUUAGUGCAGUGAAGACGACGCCGAUCAUGGAGAGAUCGACGAAAAGACAGGUGGAAGCUGAUGAUUCGCAUGUUGAGUAUGCACUAAAGUUGAAAGCUCAACAAGAGGAUGUGAAGUUAGAAGAAAAGGAGCAAAAUAUGAUGACAAAAGAAAUUCGAGAAGAAAAGAAAAGAGGAAGUGGGUGUUUCUCAAUGUCAUGGAAAAAGAAAAUGCAAAAACAACCAAGAACAUCCAAAUGCAUAUUUCUCAUUUGUCUUCCUCAUCUUUUCAAAGCUUCUUGAGAUUCAAACCAAUAAUUUUGAGAUUUUGGUUACCCAAUAAUGGAGCAAUGUUUGCAAGAUCAUACUUCUUUCUUUUGCUUGUAUUUAUAUAAUAUGGAUGUCCUGAUCAUAUAAUUUUUAUUGGCACAUGAUACAAUUUUUUUUUUUUUUUUUGAUUUAAAAGAUUGUGAAACACAAACUUUUGUUCAAGGUUUUCAAGAAACUAAG